AUGCUUCCAGCAGCACCACCAGAGCCAGAGAUCCGGCUAUCCCCUGCAGACUGGCGUCGUAUUGCAUUGUCCUCGCAGAAGACUCCUGCUACGGUAGAAGAAGAUGAUGUGGUGUUUGUUAAUGCCCCUCCACCUGAGAUGGUUGCUAUAGAAGAUUCUUCUGAUGAUGAAUCACACACUGGAAAAACUGUUGGUUCUUCAGACAGUAAGGAGGAAAAGAAAGAAAAUACGAGUGCAAUAUGUAAACCUGAGCCAGGCAUAGACCGUACAACAGGUGAAGAUUGUGAAUCCCACACAAAUUUGGAGGACAAUACUAGUAAUGAAUUGCAACCAGAAGAUCAAACAAAUGUUUUGAAUGUGAAUGUGGAUGCUGUGGCUGUAGGUGUAUGUCAGAAACAAGCAAAUAAUUCUAUCACACUGGAUAAUAAAGUAGGGUUGAAGUCUGUGGAUCAUGUAGAGCCAAUAAAGGACAUUUUGCAUGAUAAAGAACCUUCUGGAUAUUGUGAAACAGGGACAGACAAAGAGAUGAGUAAAAAUGUCUGUGAGCCCAAAAAAGCAGUGUCACAGUCAGUGUUUUUAAAUACAGAGAAUUCAGAGGCAACUGACAGUACAAUUACUAAUUUGGAAGAUUCUGCCAUUCGAAAAGCUCAAAAUACUACACCAAUGGAACGUACCAGACAUUCUUCAGAAUCUUGCUCAACAAUGCCUGCACAUCCUCGUACACGUUCAGCUUCCCUUCAGUCUCCACCACCGUUUCCUACAACAACAGAGCCUCGUGUCCAAAGUGACUCUGUUGAUACUUUAAAACGAAAUGUCAUGCGAAAACUCUUAAGUAUGGGUGCUGCCAGUGUGCGAGAUAUAGUCGACAAUCCGACACAAUCACGCCGUGUACAGCAUGCUUUAUGCCAUCUCGUAAAUGAGCAUCGUACGGCAUGGACACGGCACAUGCGGCGGUUGGCAGAGGCACGGUUCAGGCGUGACUGCAGUAGUACAGUGCAGUCCAUGGAACCCACUGCACCACCAGAUUUGGAAGCAGAUGCUGAUGCUGCUGUGGAUCUUGCAAGUUUGCCUUCUGAGCUGAUUGAAAGACUUGGUGAUCUGCUACAGCUUGAUGGACUCGGAGCAAGUACAGAAGGCAUGGAUCGUGAGAUUAGUGAUGAUGGCCUUGAAGAACUGCAGGAACUUCAAGAGGCUUUGUGUAGACAGGCUAAUCUGGAAUGCGUACCUGAAAAAGAUUUGUCAGAUCUUCUUCCUGAAAUGAAACAAGAGACUGGAGUUGUUAAAGAAGAGCUUGAGGAAGAAAUUGACAGAUUUGAUGCUUCUACUGGUCUCGAAGAAAUGAGAGUUACAGAUAUGACAGCAACAGAACCUAAUUCAUCUGAUCCACCAGUAACAGAAUUUGGCAGUCUGUUCUGUGACUUUCCAGAUUUCAGCAGUGACCUUGACCGUGCCUCCAAUUGUUCACUGCCAAUGCCAUUGACUGACAGUCUUACUACAGCUCUACAAGCAUCCGAACAUUUGCAGGAAACACCUCAUACGAUGACCAGAGAUUUGACGAAUGAUGCUGCAUCUACAGUAGUCGACAGUGGUACAGACUCAGCUGUAAAGGAUUCUCCAGAGGAUGUGCAAAUGGUCCGAAUACCAACAAAUGAUACGAGUACUGAAGAAGUAUUGCUGACUGGAGAAAAUUUGAAUGUUACAUUAUGUGAUGGCAUGACAGGUAUUACUGAAAAAGAACCAUGCGAUGCUAUGCUGAGUAAGCAGAUAGAUGCACCAAAUUUUGUAACGAGUGUUACCAGUGACAGUGUUGUAGGCAAAGACAGUGGUGACACUGUCUCCAGCGUGGAAAAUCAACUUAGUACUAAUAACUCUGCCGAUCGAAUGUGUCGUAUCCGCACUCUUGCAGCAAGAAAGGAAUAUAAAAGUAAUGAAUCUCCUGUAGACUCAGGAACUCAGACUGAGGAUUCUGAAACAGUGGAACCUCACACAUUACUCCAAAUGUUGCAGAAUAAGUUCAAUGUUCCUACUGAUGUGAUUAAAACUGUGAGAACUUAUCUUACCCAUUCAAGUAGUUCAGGUAAUAGUAGUUGUAAGCCACAGCCAAAGACUUCAGAUAAUAUUCACACUGAUAGCAUUGUAGGUUAUAGUAGCUGUGACUUACAACAGAGUGUAUUAGGUAGUUUAACUGAGAACACUGUGACCAAUCAAAACUCUAUUGACACUGGACUUUCACACUUGCCUUCAGAGCAGAGGGAACAGGCAGUGUUAGGAGAAUCUCGCAGUUUUGGUAUGGGCUCUAAUUCACAUGCUGCUGUUCGUUCUGAUGGAACCAAUGUGGAACCUGAAGGAAAUACUGGAAGGCAAAAUGAUCAAGUGUUGCCACAUACCAGUAGUAAUGUGCUUCAGUCUCAUAGCAAAAUUUCUUAUCCAUCUGAUAAACCAAAACCCUUCCACAAAAGAAAAAUUCAAAUGCGAAACCCUUCUCUAAGAAAUCUGAGAGAUUUACAAUUUGGAUCCAAAUCACCUGCAACAAAUCCUAAAGCGCACUGCAAUAAAUCAAUGCAACCACAUUGUUCACAGUUUCAUUCAAACAUUGAUGCUAAUGGAAAUUUAGAUGCAGUGCCCAGUCAGUCUGUAUGGGAGGAAAAUAAUUCCAUGACACAGACAGUUGUGCCACAAACAAGGGAACAAGUUAGUACAUUGGCAUGUGUAAAUAAGAUCACAACUGGUUUGCAGACUAAUGCUGACUUUCCAGUUAGUAUGAGCAGCCAUAUUGAAAACCCUAGCACUAGCAACACAGCACAGUUUAACACUUCUGUAUCAGACAAUAUAUUUCAACAAAUGUUUGAGAUAGACAGUGAAGUAACUCGACUCAUGCAACGGAAAUUAGAGUUGUAUAAGCUCCUACAGGGAGUUUCUGUUACCUCUCGGUCACAGCUGUCAAACAAUUUACCAGCAACUGAUGACAACAGCUUCUUAAAAAUCAAUGGAAAUUGUGGUAUGGUAUCAAAGAAGGCCAGGAAGAAACGUCAACGUCUAAUGAAGAAAUAUCGAGCCCACUUUGCUGCUAAUGCUUUGGCAGCCAGGAAUGUAAUUUCAGAAGAUAAUACAAACCCAAUGCCUGUUUUAGAAAGUGCUGUUAUGGAUGUUCCAAAUGUACAGGACGUUCUGGGUUCACAGACCAUACCAGUACUUCAUAGGGAGGAAACAGUAAUAAUGAGAACAGAACAGAAUUCAAAUGAGAACUGUACAGAAAAAAAUUACAACACUGUUAAUGGUGUUGAAAGGCUUGAGAUACAUUUAGAUACACCAGUCAUAAAUAAAAGUGGUGAUCAUCAGUUAUCAGCUGCGACACUCUCCAAUCUACAAAGUUAUGAAGUAGUUGCCUCAGAAAACAUUAUUCAGUCAAAGCCUUCUGUAGAGGAUGAAGUUAAUUCCUUUGCCAAUCAUGCAGAAAAGAAUACAGUGCAGUCAAAAGAAGAUACACUGGAUGUAAGCUCAUGUACGGAAACUGACAACAAAAUAACUGGUACUCCAAACUGCUUGGAUGCACCAAACCAUGAAGCAUCUCUGGAUGUACCAAACAAUCAAGCAUCUCUUGAAACUGUUUGUGAAAAUACUGUUGCUACAAAGGAAGUUGAUAAUGAUAUACUGUGUGAAUCUGCAGUUCCUAAAAGAAGUAGAACGGCUAAAUCAAAGAGACAAAAAGGCCAUAUCUCAUCCCAGGAGUCUAUGGACGAAACUGCCACAGGCUUUCAAAAUGAUGAUAAACUUAUAGGCACAAAAGAGAAAUCAUUGUCUCGUGAACCCGUUGUGAAACUUGUUGAUGUAUCAGAGGUUAGCAUGAAAACAAGAAGGAAAUCAAUCUUAGACAAUGCACUGAAACAGGACACUGCCUGGGAAUCAGUUCGAACGGCCAAAGAAAACAAAGUUGGUGGAGAUACACAAGGAACAUUAUUAUCAGAAAAUGAUGAAUCAGUUGACAAGACAGGGGAGGUAGGAAGGUCAGUCACUCCUCCAUGUGUAAAUAAGAGAGGGAGAACAAAAUCAGUGAUUUCUUCCAAAUCUUCAAAUGCGAAGAAGUUAAAGACAGCAGUAAAGACUAAUGUUGAUAUGUGUGUAGGUAAUACAAAUGAGGCAGGGAAGGGAGCCUUGACAGAUCCCCCUAAUGUUGAUAGCCCAGAACAAAAAAGUUAUGAGGGUCAGCCAUUUAAGCACACAGAUGAACAAGAAUCUGCCAACAGUAACAUAGCUACGACUAAUAAACGUCAGUUGGCAAUAAAUGUGCCAGAAAACACGUUUUCUAACUACAGGAGUACAAGAAGAAAGCGUCUGUUUAGUGAAUCAGUGAGUCAAGAGUCUUCUGAAGAUUCUGCUGUGGCCAACACAGAUGACAUCCCAACACUUGUGGGCAGUAAGAGGCGGAGAGGCAGAAGUUCUACUACUGUGCCAACUGCUGUUUCUGCUAAACAAGAAGAGUCAGAUGCGUCAGAAUCUGGCAAGACAAAGGAGAAUAGAAAAUCUAAAGGAGUCCACCGAUUAUCACAACACUGCAAUUAUGAUGUAAAUGCAGAGAAUAUAGAAAAUGAUUCUGGGUUUGUAUCAGCAGUUGCAGCUAGAGAAGUUAGUGAAGGGAAUAGUAUUGUUGACAGUGAAGUGCGUGAUGUUCUCCAAGAAACCAGAAGAAAACAACCUAUGCCUAAAAAUGUAUCUUCCACAAAAAAGACAGAGACACACACAAAAUCCAGAGCGAGAUCUACAGAUUUGGAGAAUAAAUUUCAUAAACCUGUAGCUGAAAAAAAAUCUACACUAACAGUCACAGCUGAGAGGUCUAAUUCUGUUGAAUUUGGAACCAGUAGUGGUGAUAAUGAAAAAUGUGAUGAUGAUCUCCAAGAAGUCAAAAGAAAAUUUUCUUCACCUAAAAAUGUAUCUUCUACAAAGAACACAGAGAUACACUUAAAAUCUACAGCAAAAUCCACAGAUUCAGAGGAUAUGCAACAGAAACCUGAUACUGAAAAAAGUUCACCAUUAACAGUCACAGCUGAGAGGUCAAACUGUGUUGACCUAGCAACUAGCAUUGGUGAUAAUGUAAAGUGUGAUGUUCCCCAAGAAUCCAAAAGAAAAUUACCUUCACCUAAAAAUAUAUCUUCAGCAAAGAAAGCAGAGGCACACUUAAAAUCUAGAGUGAGAUCCACAGAGUCAGAGUCUAAACAGCAGAAUCCUGAUACUGAUAAAUAUUCAACACCAACUGACAAAACUGAAAUGUCUAAUCCUGUUGAAUUUAGACCUAGCAGUGAUGAUAAUGAAAACUAUGAUGAUCUUCCAGAAACCAAAAGAAAACUACCUUUGCCUAAAAAUGUAUCUUCAGCAAAGAAAGCAGAGGCACAAUUAAAAUCUAGAGGGAGGUCCACAAAUUCAGAGACUAAACAGCACAAUUCUGAUACUGAAAAAAAUUUAGCAUCACUUAAAACAGAGAGAGAAAGUUCGGCUGAAUUGUCUUUUGAAACUGAUACAGUCUCACUUCCCAGCAAUAGUAAUCAAAUUGCAAGGAAGCGGCCUGUGACAUUUAACAGAAGAAAAGGUCGGAAAAAAGUGAGCUUUCGUACAGCAUUUGUACCGGAUUUAGUAGUACUCAUCUCACAAGAUGAUGAGAAGGUUGCAGUACAACCAGAGACUUCUAGUCCACAUAAUAAAGGACCCGAUCAAAUGACAGCAGGUGCAGUUGCAGCUGAUGUGUCGUCUGUGGGCACUGUACAGAAAGAGAAGGAAGAGGCAGCAGAUAUGGAGAGAAAUCAGCUUCCUAUCAAUUCCAAAAGCUGGAGAAUGCGAGCAGUGGCUCAAAUUCGACAGUGUGAGGUAAGGUUACAGAGGCUUACAGAGGCAGAAGUGCUUGCAGCUACUGAGAGACCAAAACUUGAAGUCAGCUGCAACUUUUAUGGCACUGCAAGUGAUGAAAGUGAAGUGGAUUCAGAAGCAGAAGUCAUCAUCUAUCAGGAGGCUUCACCAAGAUCUGCGACUAUUCUUUCACCCAUUGUCCUGGAUGAGGAAGACGGAUCACAAUCAGAUAUGUCAGGUGGUGGCACUCCAGCUCAUGAUGCUGAUGCAGUCAAUGAGAUUCGAAGGAUGCACUUAAUUUUGGUUGGGCACUCAGGUGCCAUCCUAGAGCUUGUGACCGUUGGUCGGCAAGCAGUUGCAGCCUCUGAGGAUGGUUUUGUAUACUGCUACUCUUUGAAGACAGGACGAUUGAAAAGAGUGGUCUCCUGUGGAAGUCAGCCUGUUACGUGCCUCUGUGUUGUAGAGACAGAAGAAGGUCAGCUUAUCUUUGCAGGCAGCCUAGAUGGGCACAUGCGAUGCUUUACCUUCAAGUCUGGAACCCAUAUCUUCGAGGCAAUGGAUGUUGGUGCUCCAAUACAGUGCAUAGACCAAAAUUGGGGUAAUGUUUACAUGGGAAACAGGGAUGGAACAAUUGCAGUAUUCAAUAUUGAAACACGUCAGCUUUUGAAUCCGAGGCUAUCAUGUACUGAUGAAGCCAUCCUUUCAUUGAAGACUGCCAAGGAGGGUCCCAGACAGGUUCUUUUAGUAUCCUGUCGUAAUCAGCCUCUCACUAUAAGGGAUGCAAAAACAGGUCUCUUAAUGAGAACUGUGAGUCUCAAUAUGAGUGGAUCAGUGUACUGUACACUUCUAGACUCAUCCUUUAUUUACUGUGGCACAAGUAAUGGAAAAAUAUGUGUAUACGAGUUCACGAGUGGCGCAGAAGUUUAUCGAUUGACUGCAGGUGUUGGCGUAGUAGUCUGUUUACGACUCUUUAGGAACCUGCUCUUUGCUGGCUGUUAUGAUGGUUUCAUCUAUAUAUAUAAUUUACAGGACAAGGCACUUCUGUCAAGAAUUCCUGGACCAGGGAGGAUGAUCUUCUGCAUGGAAGUUGUGAAGAACAGGGUCAUAGCAUCAAGUAAAGCAAACAACAGACUAGAGGCUUGGAGCUUUCCACCUGAAAUCAGAAAAUAUAUGAAAGACAUUAGGCACCGUUGAUUGUGCAUUCCAUUGCUGUAUUGAGAAUUUUACACUUCGGCAUUGUAAAGGUGUUACCUAACAUGUAAAUAGGAUGGCCAUUGCUGAUCGUCAGUCGAGCUGUUCUCCAGGGAUAUGAAUUUCAGAGAAGUCUCUUGACUGGUUUUAACUUAUUUUAUGACUCCUACCUAAUAUUGUCAUUGAAGAAAUGCCAUUAUUUCCAAUGACUCGCCUGAGUGCUAUUUUGUUUAACUAGGUGGUCAAGAAUCUCAGUUCAGUGACUAUAAAUGUACUAAAUUUGUGUGUAUGUGCAGUUGUUGCUAUUGUAAGACCAGUUAUGAAGAAAAAGUACUAUCUUUAAGCAUAAACAUUGUUUGAUACUGAUAUACAAAUGUACAAAGUGUGCAUAGUUUUGAUUAAAUUUAUAAAAUGGGAUAGGUUCUCUCUCAUAAAGUGUAGAUAUUUCUGAUACUUGUGAAUAUACAUCUUUAACAAAAUGUAAAAGAUAAGCUUGUGGAUAUGUGGGAUUUAAUCAGUACAUCAAAAAGUUUGUUACUUCAUCGACAUUUUAAAUGUUUUUCAUUUCUUGAUUGUAUGUUAUUUUAGCAUUGUCAUUUCUUUUCAGUUUGAAUGCUUGGUUUCAGGAACCAUUUUUAUGUUAAAAAAAUUAUUGUGGAAUUUAAAUUCAUUCCAUGUUUCACACAAAAAAUGCUGCAUAUUGAGCAGUUACAUAUUAACUCUGCAGUGGGAGGGAUUUUGAUUUUUUAUAGUGAAACACACAAGCUUUCUUAUGAACAAACAAACAAAAAAAUUGUUUAUGUUUGACAGGUUAAAAUACUUUUAAAGACAUUUUGUCCAUGACCAUUGUGAUAUGUAUUUUGUU